ACAAAAUAUUUUUCCCCACCCUCGCAAAUGACUCUUAUAAUUUCUUUGUUGGAUAAUAACACGAGAAACUUGCAUAAUACCAAAAUGUUUACAGGUGAUAUAGAGGCACACGAUGGUGGUGAUGGGGAUGACAUAGCAGCGCAAGGUGACGGAGAAGAAGAACGCUUACAACUUGAACACGAACGCGAACAUGAUAAGCACGAUGAUGAGGAUGAGCUGAGACAUAAUACGGACGAACGUCGUCGUCGCCCUCCUAUAUUGAGAAGUGAGGCGUCAUCGUUGCACUAUGGCGAGGGGGGAAGUGGUGGUGGUGUUGGCGAUAUGGAUGAAAUGAAUGAGGGCGAAGAGAUAAUAAUGGAUAAUAAUAACUACGAUUGUCAAUAUAAAUGUGAAGAAUUGGAUAUAACUAAGAUACGUUGCCAUCAAAGGGAAAUGUAUUUGCAGCAGCAGCAGCCUCAGAAUCAUGAGGAACAACAAGAUUUAUCGCCUAGCUCAGCACAUCGUUUGCAUCAUGAUGCCCAUCAGCAACAUCAUCAUCAUCAUCAUCAUGGCCAACAACCCUUGCAUGUGGUAGCUGCACCUCAGAGUGUUAUCAAUUUGGGAAGAUGUGGUUCAUCGGCCCUGGACACCCUGGUGGCAGCCGAAGCAGCUGCUGCUGCUCUCUCACCCACAGCCUCCACCACAUCCUCGGCCUCAUUGCACCAUCAGCAACAUUUGUAUGCUUUGCAGCAACAUCAUCAUCACCAUCAACAACAACAGCACCACCAUGCUCAGCAGCCAUCCUCGUCGUCAUCCAGUUCAUCCCUGCAGCAUCAUCAGCACCCACACCAUCAUCAUCACGCCACAUCACAACAACAGCACAGUGGACAACAUGUGGCCAACUAUCAUCAUGGUCACCUGCACAGGCAUCAUGGUUGCAGCAAUACAACUAUAGUCUCUUCAACAUCUCUUGCCUCGUCGACCCACGAUAGCGAACACUUGUCAUCCACAUCGGCUUUAACAAAUUCCUCCUCUUCGACAACCUCCUCCACAUCAUCGGCUGCCGCAGCCGCUGCAGCAGCAGCAGCGGCCGCCGCCAAUAGACGAGACCACAAUAUCGACUAUUCUUCGUUAUUUGUACAGCUUUCGGGCACUCUGCCCACUCUAUAUCGUUGUGUCAGUUGUAAUAAAAUCGUGUCAAAUCGUUGGCAUCACGCCAACAUCCAUCGGCCUCAGAGCCAUGAGUGUCCUGUCUGUGGACAGAAAUUUACGCGUCGAGAUAACAUGAAAGCCCAUUGUAAGAUUAAGCAUGCCGAUAUAAAAGAUCGUUUCUUCAGUCAUUAUGUACAUAUGUGAUCAAUUUUAUAUGUAGUCAAGUAAAUUAAUUUA